UGCGUCUCCUUUCCCUUCUCGCUCUGCAGGAGGAGGGACGAUCGCGCUUCAGCAAAUCGAGCUGAAUUUGGACCGAAUGUUGUGAAUCCUCGACGCGGGACGCCCUUGAUCACGACUUUAGUGGACUAAAACGUCAUUCGUGCAAUCUUCGUGCCCGGUUGGAGUCGUCUCGUACACGUUGAAGCUUCUCGGCCUAGCUUAGCAUAUUUUAGCAUAGCAUAGCAUAGCAUAGCUUGCUAAGAAAGAGACGCGUUUGUGAACAACACUUCGCUCAGCAGAGAUCAAGCGUGAGGGAAAGUGUUCUUCUUUCCGUCAGCUACGAAGCGGAAAGUGUGGUGAUCUUCGUGUCAAAAUGUGUGCAAGAAGGACAGCAGAGUACGAGGAGGAACUUUGUGGACCAAAAGAGGAGAAGGAGCCACGUCUUCAAGUUCUGGACGCUGCGUUCAAUCUGCAGCCUCGCACUGUGCGACGCGGAGCAGACAUCACUGAAGAUCAUCUUACUGAGCAGCAGGAGCCAGAACCCCCUCACAUUAAAGAGGAAAUGGAGGAUGAAGAGGUCCUCCACAUCAAGGAGGAAGUGGAUCCCAUUUUGAUUAAAAAAGAGGAGGAAGAAGCAUACCCCUACAUCAAACAGGAAGAGGAGGAGGAGGAUAUCACCAAGUUUCCAUCAACUGGUGUCCAUUUGAAGAGUGAAGAUGAAGGUCAAAGUGAGGAGAGCAGAGGGGUGGAGCCUCCAAGCAGCAGCUCAAGUCAACACAUGACAACAGAAGGAUGUGGAGACCACUGUGGAGGAUCACAAGCAGAUGGCCUCUUACCUCCACUGUCAGACAGUGACAGCAUGUCACAUUCUCCUCACACUGAUGAUGAUAAACAGUCUGAAGGUGAUAUGACAUGUCACGCUGACAACAAACAAUGGAAAUGUUCUCAGUGUGGGAAAACAUUUGCUAAUAAGAGCAUUUUGAAACAACACGUGAGAACACACACUGGAGGGAAACCUUUUUCCUGCUCAGUUUGUGGUCAAAGAUUCACUUGGAAGGGAAACUUGAAAAGACACACAAGAACCCACACCGGUGAGAAACCUUUUUCCUGCUCAGUUUGUGGUCAAAGAUUCUCUGUGAAGGAAAGCUUAAAAUUACACACAAGAACCCACACUGGUGAGAAACCUUUUUCCUGCACAGUUUGUGGUCAACGAUUCUCUGGUCAGAAAAACUUAACAAUACACACAAGAACCCACACUGGUGAGAAACCUUUUUUCUGCUUAGAUUGUGGCAAAAGAUUCUCUAUGAAGGGACACUUAACAAUACACACAAGAACCCACACUGGUGAGAAACCUUUUUUCUGCUCAGAUUGUGGCCAAAGAUUCUCUAUGAAGGAACACUUAAAACGACACACACGAACACACACUGGUGAGAAACCUUUUUCCUGCUCAGUUUGUGGUCAAAGAUUCUCUGAAAAGGGAAAGUUAAAAAUACACACAAGAACCCACACUGGUGAGAAACCUUUUUCCUGCACAUUUUGUGGUAAAACAUUCAUUCAGAAUACAGAUUUAAAAAGACACACAAGAACACACACCGGUGAGAAACCUUUUUCCUGCUCAUUUUGUGGCCAACGAUUCUCUGGUAAGAAAAACUUAACAAUGCACACAAGAACCCACACUGGUGAGAAACCUUUUUCCUGCACAGUUUGUGGUAAAACAUUCAUUCAGCAGACAAAUUUAAAAACACACACAAGAACGCACACUGGUGAGAAACCAUUUUCCUGCUCAUUUUGUGGACAACGAUUCUCUGGUAAAAAUAGCUUAACAAUACACACAAGAACCCACACUGGUGAGAAACCUUUUUCCUGCACAGUUUGUGGUAAAACAUUCACUCAGAAGAGAUAUUUAAAAACACACACAAGAAUGCACUCUGGUGAGAAACCUUUUUCCUGCUCAUUUUGUGGUCAACGAUUCUCUGGAAAGAAAAACUUAACAAAACACACAAGAAUGCACACUGGUGACAAAACCUUUUCCUGCUCGCGUUGUGGUCAGAGAUUCUCUCGUAAGGAUCGGGUUAAGACACACAAGUGUGCUGGUGAAAAUAGCAGUGAUCAAGAAGCUUUUAAUGCAAAUGCAAAUGUUUAAAAAAAUUAUUCCAAUGUUACUGACUUCCAAAAAUCUACAUUCUUGUAUUCUGUAUCCCAGCUUUUAUUGUCUUGUUGUUGUCCAUAUAUUGUCUAAAAGUCUCCCGUGUGCAAGUGUUGAGAAUUAGUGCUGUUCCCAAAAUACUUUAAAGGGACUACUUAUUGGUGUGAACAUAGGCACUUAUUCCAUAGUUCUAGAAAGUUUGGAAAGCUUGUUGUUUAAAAAAAAUUGACAGUGAACUGCCUCAUUGAGGAAAGAAGACAGCCAAUGUCGUCCCACAUAAAGGAAUUCUUGCAGAUUUAUUUCCUCAAACGUCCGCUCAAUUUUGUAUUGAUUGCACCACAAAUGCCACUCAGAUGUCCCAAUCGGCGUUUCUGUAGGCAGCAUUUUGAGACAGACGUACUUUGUCAUAACGUCGGAUGACCCACGUCGAUGGUCUCGCGGCCAAACGCGUUACGUCGCUUAAUGUCCCGGAACUGCAGCUGAUCGAUUCGAUCUUAUCUGAUCCAUAAAAUCUAAAAAAAUGGACUGAUCGUAUUAUAUUAUACUAAUAUUUUCAGAGGUUGAAGCUGGCGUGAGUAGAGCUGUCCGCAUAAAUUUUGGUGAUGAUUGUUUACAGUUUUUGGAUGUUCAGCCCCUUCUCUUGGGUUAAUUCAUAAGGCUUGCAAGGAUGUGGGACUCGCCCGCUGUGUUUGUAUCACUUUAAUGAUUACAUCCAAAUAAAUUUGCAAUUUUUCAGUACAUUAAAUUAGUGGUUGAACAUAAUUUUUGGGUACUAACUGUUGUUCCUGUGAUGCAAUGAUACAGCAAUAUAAUAUAUAAUACCAACUUGAACGAACCAGUGUUUGGAAACUCAAGCAAGCUGUAUUUUAUUUGUUUUACUUAAUUUUUUUUUUUUUACUUCCUGAAAAGUUGUAAUUUUGAAGGUGAGGAUAUUCCACUUUUCCUCCAUUCCUCAGGCAUCUUCUCGCCCGCUAGAAUUCUGUUGAACAAGCUGUUCAAAAACUUCACAGCCACCUCUCCUCGAUGCUUCUAUGUACCCCCACAGGAAUGUCAUCAGGACCAACAGCCUUUCCAUUUUUCAUCUUCUUUAAAGCCAUUCUAACUUCCCCCUUACUAAUCAUUGCCACUUCCUGGUCCACCACACUUGCCUUCUCUCUCAUUUUCCUCAUCAACUCCUCAAACUAUUCUUUCCAUCUGUCCAGGCACACUUCUGUCAACACAUUUCCAUCUCUAUCCUUAAUCACCCUAACCUGCUGCACAUCCUUCCCAUCUCUAUCCCUCUUUCUGGCCAACCUGUAUAGAUCAUUUUCUCCUUCUUUAGUGUCCAACCUGGCAUACAUGUAAUUAUAUGCCUCUUGUUUGGCUUUUGCCACCUCUACCUUUGCCCUGCGUCGCAUUUCAGUGUAUUCCUUUCGCCUCUCCUCGGUCCCCUCAGUGUCCCACUUCUUCUUAGCUAACCUCUUGUAUGAUUUCCUGUACUGUGAGGUUCCACCACCAAGUCUCCUUCUCUCCUUUCCUGCCAGAAGAUACACUAAGUACUAUCCUGCCUGUCUCUCUGAUCACCUUGGCUGUAGUGGUCCAGUCUUCUGGAAGCUCCUCCUGUCCACCGAGAGCCUGUCUCACCUCUUCCCGAAAAGCCGCAUAAUACUCUUCCUGUCUCAGCUUCCACCACAUGGUUCUCUGCUCUGCCUUUGUCUUCUUAAUCUUCCUCCCCACCACCAGAGUCAUCCAACACGCCACCAUCCUAUGCUGUCUAGCCACACUCUCCCCUAACACUACAUUACAGUCGGUACCCUCCUUCAGAUUGCAUCGUUUGCACAAGAUGUAAUCCACCUGCGUGCUUCUACCUCCGCUCUUGUAGGUCACCCUAUGUUCCUGCCUCUUCUAGAAAAAAGUCUUCACUACGGCCAUUUCCAUCCUUUUUGCAAAGUCUACCACCAUCAGUUCCUUUCUUGGAUGCCCUACUUACCCAUCACUUCUUCAUCACCCCCUGUUUCCUUCACCAACAUGUCCAUUACAAUCUGCCCCAAUCACGACUCUCUGUCUGGGAUGCUCAGAACUACUUCGUCUAACUCCUUCCAGAAUUUCUCUUUCACCUCUAGGUCACAUCCUACCUGUGAGUCAUAGCCGCAAAUCACAUUAUACAUAACACCCUCAAUUUCAAGUUUCAGCCUCAUCACUCGAUCUGAUGCUCUUUUCCACUGCAAGACAUUCUAAGCUAACUCUUCCCUUAAAAUAACCCCUACUCCAUUUUUCUUCCCAUCAAAAUAAUUUAAACUCUGCCCCUAAACUUCUCGCCUGACUGCCUUUCCACCUGGUCCCCUGGACACACAAUAUAUCAACCUUUUCCUAAUCAUCAUGUUAACCAACUCCCGAGGUUUUUCUGUCACAGUCCCAACAUUCAAAGUCCCCACAUUCAAGUCUAGGCUCUGUGCUUUCCUCUUCUCGUUCUGCCUUAAGAACCCGCUUUCCACCCCUCCUUUGUCUUCGACCCACCCACACUAGCUGAAUUUGCACCAGCGCCCUGCAGGUUAACAGUGCCGGGGGUGGACGUUGUUAAACGGGCCACGACUGAUCCGGUAUGGAAUGCUUUCGAUGAAUGCUCAUAUUUGUUUGGCAAAGUUUUAUGCCGGAUGCCCUUCCUGAUGAAACCCCCUGCAUUUAUCCGGGCUUGGGACCGGCCUAUAGUUUGCACUGGUUUGUGCCCCCCAUAGAGUUGCAUUGUAAAGUGUAUUUGUGAUUCUUAAUAAAAUACACCUCUUAACACAUUGA